AUGGUUGAUAUCUUGCAUUUUGUCAAGUUGAUUCCGCCACAGCAAUCUCUUCAAUCAACGUCGGAAGUGGAUGUCCCACAAUUUGAUGCUGAGGAUAGCAUGAUGGAUGUUGACUUUGAUGGUGCCCAUUUUGAGGACGAUGGAGAAUCGUUAUCAGAGGUGGAGGUGUAUGAGGGCACAGGGACUUGUUAUGCUCAGGAUGGUGUGACCUUUCUGGAUCUGUUUGACGCUGAUGAGUAUGCAGAAUGCAGGAAGGAAAACCUCUUCUACCCUUUUGCAUCAAAGGAAGGGUGGGAGGCCGCUGAUUUUCUCCUGCGUUCUCCCCUCAGUAUGGCAGCAAUUAAUCAGUUUCUGGAACUCCCUAUGAUCCAUCAGUUGAAAUUCUGGAAGUGCCAAACUAUCCCUUCACUCAAUCACACAAAAGGCCCUAUCCGACUAUUUUGGAAGGACCCGGUGGAAUGUUUGGAGAGUCUCUUCAGUAACCCCCUUUUCCAUGACCAGCUCGAUUUUGUCCCUUGCCAUGUUUAUACGACAUCAGCACGGCUUCUUUGUGUAUACUCAGGGUGGUUGACAGGCGACUCUGCUUGGGAGAUCCAGGACCAGCUUCCAAGAGGUGCGACAGUCCUAGGCACUGUACUGUCUUCGGACAAAACAAAUAUCACCAAUAUGGCUGGUGCCAGGGUCACUCAUCCACUCCUUUUAGGCCUUGCUAACAUUCACAUGAACACUUGCACCAAGCUCUCAUCCAGAGCUUUUCUUCUUACGGCCCUCCUCCCUAUCCCGCAGUAUUUGCAUUCAAAUCCACGGAUGCGGGGCAUGCUAGAAGAUCGCCUCAUGCACAAAUGUCUUUCCAUAGUUUUGAAGCCCCUAAUGAAAGCUGCUGAAAUUGGAAUCAUGAUGUCCGACCCAGUAGGCAAUGUGUGCCACUGUUUUAUGCCUCUUGCUGCAUAUAUUGUCGAUACCCUGGAGGCAUGUAUGCUUGCAUGCAUGCACAGGAAAACUUUGCCGUUUACCUUGGCAUCAUAUCUGGAAUUCGGGGACGCUUUUCAUCAUCCCGAGCGCACGCGCUCCAUCACCUUGGAACAGCUCAAUAGCAUAACGGUUGACCCUAAUGACCUUGAAGCUUACUUCCAGGCAUGCGAGCAAUACCGAUUAAAUGGUGUCCAUUCUCCUUUCUGGGCGGACUGGCCGCUUGCUGAUCCUUCAGUCUUUUUGACACCCGAACCUUUGCAUCACUGGCACAAGGAGUUUUAUGAUCAUGACCUCCAAUGGUGCCUUACAGUUGUUGGAGCGCAGGAAUUAGAUUUUCGCAUUUCAAUAUUGCAACCUACUACAGGUUAUCACCACUUUUCUGGUGGGUUUUCAAAAUUGAAGCAAGUCACAGGUAGAGCGCACCAAGAUCUCCAGCGUUACAUUGUCGGCCUGAUUGCUGGUGCAGCUCCCCAUCAAUUUGUGAUUGCGAUCUGUGCUCUUAUGGAUGUCCAGUACAUGGCGCAGUCUCCUUUGCCUGAUGAAAAUUUACUGGCGCAUAUUGACAGAUCACUUUUGAUCUUUCACGAAAACAAAGACGUUAUCAUCUCCCUAAAGGCUCAGAUGGGGAUGAAGAAGCCUAUCAACAACUGGUUCAUACCAAAGCUUGAACUCAUGCAGAGCAUCACUGCCAGCUCAUGCAAAGUUGGCGCCCUUAUUCAGUGGUCCACAGACACCACUGAGCAUGCCCAUAUAUCUGAGAUUAAGGACCCUGAGAAGCUGCAACAUUUCAUGAUUGCUACGACACUAAAGAGUACUUGCGCUGAUUCUAACUCAGAAGAAUUCCUUGAGGACGAGGAAGACGAGGAAGACAAUGGAGAUUAUCCACGAACUGCGCUCUUAGAAGAGCUGAACCAAACACGCAUCACCACCAACUACUUUAGCAAAGCAAGGCAAUUGGUUGGCAUGAGAUAUGAUAAUAUUUCUCACCCUCCUCAGACAUUCGUUGCUGCCUCCACUGCUAUUCAUCUUAAUUUUGACCCUACUCGCACUGGGUUGAAAAUCAAUGAGGUUGCUGAUGACUUCGACAUACCAGAUUUACGUCAGGCUCUUUCUGACUUCUUGCAACAUGAUGCGAGGAACAGAGAAGCAGGCCAUGGGUUGGGGGUUCCAAGGAGACCACAAAUCGACCAUCCCUCAGUUCUUCCUUUUGAACGUAUCCAGAUAUGGCAUACUGUUCAUUUGCAACAAGUUUCUUUCUAUGAUGCCAGUGUUGUCUUACCCACACAGACUGUGCAUGCCUCCCCUCCAUCUCCUACCAGCGGGUGGCCAAAAGGCCGACGGGAUGCUGUCCUCAUCAAUGUUGAUCGAGCCUAUGAUUGGCCUAAGUCGGGGUUGAUGGGGCACCGUGUCUGCGAAUUGCAGCUCAUAAUGCGCCCAGUUCCUCGGCGAGGUUCACAAAUCACAUGGCAAGAUCAAUAUUUGUGCUAUGUGCAUAGUUUCAAAAUGGGUGUGGUUGAUCCAGUCACUGAGAUGCAUGUAUUGAAACACGCUAAACAUGCCAAUGGCGCGCCAGUGGGUGACAUAGUUCCCCUUAGCCAACUUCGUGCAUUUAUUCAUAUCAUUCCCCAACUAGGUCGUGCAGCAGACGCGCAGUUGACAAAGGCAAAUUCUGCUCAUUAUCAUUCAUCUUUUUUCUUAAACAAGUACUUUGACAAACAGACAUAUGCUGCCCUCUCGCAAGGAUAG